GUGGCCGUUGUUUGGGGAGAUCUGCGGCUGGGUUCGGAUUGGUUUGAAUUCGUCCGUGCGGUGUGGAUAUGCGUGCGGAUUUUAGUUUAUAAAUGGUGUUCCUAAAGGUGGAGCGGUGACGAAGCUUGGUGGACGCUAAAGCAGGACACUCCUACACGAGGGUGCAUGCACUCUCCAGAUUUUCUUUGAGGCAUCCCUUGUGUGUCUAAGCUCUCCGUACUCGGAGAGUGGCCCGGCAACAUGGCGUCGCGUUGGCCUUAUAUCAGAUUGAUUUAUAUCCUUAUGACAUUAUUUGUGGUGUCCUCAAACGCACGAGAGCGCAUCAACGUAGCUCUCUCGGACGACACAUACCCUGGAUACAUCGUCCACAAGCUGCCGUACCGCGGGCAAACAUUUAGCCUUCAUUCUCUAGAUGGCCUAACACCAGACGACAGUAGCAGCUUCACUGUGUUGAGCGAUGGCAUGGUUAUGGUGAGCUCUAAUGUGUCUCACCUUAGUGGCCAACGAGUCAACUUCCUUAUCCGUGAGGAAGGUGGCUUUGACACCUCAGGUGUAACAAGGGAGCACCUAUUGACUGUUCAUGUGAUACCGUCAAAAGAAGUCCUGCGUUUCCCUGAGGACUCUUACUCGACUUCGGUUGUUGAAAAUGGUGAAAAGAGCACCGAUAUACUGAAACUUGCUACUGUGUCGGCCAAUCCGAGGCGACGUGUUAGUUACACGAUAGUAUCAGGAGACCCAGACGGCAAGUUUGAAGUCGUCCGGCCCUAUUCCAAUGCGUCUCUGCUCUAUCUUCGCACCAACGAGCCCCUUGAUCGUGAAGCUCAAUCACGCUACGACUUGGUUGUCCGAGCAACUGACUUGGAUACAGAGGGUGCCCACUAUGCUGAGGCAAACGUAGCAGUUGAUGUCCAGGACCUAAAUGACAAUGCCCCAGUUCCAGAAAAGGAAUCUUACACCUUUCGCGUACCGGCACACGUAAAACCUUACUCAGUUGUGGGCAAUGUUAGCGCCAUUGACUUUGAUGGGGAUGCUUUGGCCUACCGUCUCAGUGCACGACACCCUUGCUUCACAAUUAUCCCGAAGACUGGAGAGGUAAUGGCUACUAAGCCACUGGAUGUCAAGACUUACAAGCUGACAGUUCGCAUAGGUGACCGCCGAAAGCCUCAAAUGUUUGCCCCCGAUGUGCCAGUGUUUGUAGAAGUGUUUGACUUGGAGCCAGAAGCAUUUGAGGAACGUCUUCAGCAACGUGAAUUUGUACGACAAAAGAGGUCCAGUGGACCCAUUAGACCAACUAAGAGCUACAAGUACAAGGAGACGGACGGUAGGGACGUGAACAAGACUGUGUUUACGUUGGAUAAGAAGUCCCUGGAUGAGACUUUUGAAUUGGAGAAGCCAAACCGUUGGGUGCACGUGAGCCCCAACGGGGAUGUCCGCGUAAAGGAAAAAUGGGACUUUGAACAGUUGGACAAGGAGAAGACCAUAGACUUCUGGGUGCUAGCACGCUCCAGUGGCAGACCUGAAAAAGAGCGUCAGAGGAUCAUAAUCCACAUCGCGGACGUGAAUGACGAGCCUCCAUACUUCAUCAACCGGCCGAUUCCCAUGCAGGCUGUUGUACAGUUGAAUGCCCCGGCCGGCACUCCUGUCUUCAAGUUGCAGGCGAGGGAUCCGGACACGGACCACAACAUCCGAUACUCCAUUGUGCGAGACAGAAGCGGGAACCGUUUUGAAGUGGACCAGCACUCUGGGGAGAUAAUAACUGUGGGUGGCGCGCCUUUUAUGCUGGACAAGGAGUACGUACUGUAUGUAAAAGCUGAGGACCUGAACGGAGUAGUGGGUGAUAGGCAGCAUCAGUCUACCCCAGAAGAACGCCUCUCUAUCGUGGGAGGCAAACGUCAGCCACAGUUCUACGUGCCUUCCUAUGAGGCAACCAUCCCAGAGAACCAGAGGAAAGACUCUGACAUCAUCGAAGUUAAAGCCAAAUCUUUUGCCGACCGGGAAAUCCGCUACACGCUGCGUGCCCAGGGCAAGGGAGCUGGCACGUUCAAUAUCGGGCCUACGAGCGGAGUCGUCAAGCUGGCCAAGGAGCUUGAUUACGAGGACCUGCGCCAGCCCAAGUCCUACUCCCUUAUUGUCACUGCCACUGAGGACUCUGGAGGAUUCUCUACCUCUGUGGAGCUGACGAUCAAAGUGACGGAUGUGAACGACAAUGCUCCCCGAUUUGAACUGCCAGACUAUCAGGCUCAUAAUGUCGAUGAAGAUAUUGCAGUUGGAACGUCUAUUUUGCAAGUCUCGGCCACGGAUAUGGACACCGGGCGCAAUGCUGAGCUGGUGUAUUCGCUGGACAAGGACGACUUCACCAUUGACAGCCGUGGCGUGGUCUACUCUAACAAGCGGUUGGAUGCCGACGUGAACAACACCUAUGUCCUGACCGUGCGUGCCACAGACCGUGGGGACACUCCGCUGACCGGCACAGCUACGAUACGCAUCUACACAGAGAACAAGAACGAUGAAGCUCCCAAAUUUAGUCAGGAUGUGUACACACCAAAUGUGGAUGAGAAUGCAGGAAAGAACACCCUGGUGACGACAGUAGUGGCCAGUGACAAAGAUGGAGACAACAUACUCUUCGGGUUUGUAAACAGCGGGACCACGUCGGGGAUGUUCCAGAUUGAGGAAAGGACGGGUGUGAUCCGACUUAUCAAUGGACCAAUACAACUGGACAAAGACAAGUACGAGCUCAAUGUGACAGCACGCGAUGAUGGUGCUUGUUGUCGUAAUGGGGCCUUAACUCCGCACACCAGUACUGCCCUGGUUGUGGUGUUCAUAACUGAUGUGAAUGACAAUAAACCAGUGUUUGAUGAGUGCCAUACUUAUGCCCCCAAAGUGGAAGAAGGUGCUCAGAGCGGUACCUCUGUAAUCAAGGUGAAAGCUAAAGAUCUUGACAAAGGCCACAAUGGGCAAGUUCGCUAUUCCAUAGUGCAGCAGCCCAACCAGAAGGGGACCAAGUUCAGUGUGGAUGAACUUACAGGGGAGAUCCGCACCAAUAAGGUUUUUGAUCGUGAAGGAGAAGAUGGCAGAUUUGUCAGCGUGACUGUGAAAGCAACAGACCGUGGCAGCCCCCCACUAGAGGGCGUAUGCUCCUUCAAAGUAGAAAUCACUGAUAUCAACGAUAACCCUCCACUCUUUGAUCGUCAAGAAUACAGAGAAAAUGUAAAGCAGGACACGCAAGUGGGCAUUCACAUCCUAAGGGUGUCUGCUUCGGAUGAAGAUGCGGACAACAAUGGGGCUAUCGUGUACAACCUCACUGCCCCAUAUGACCCCAGCGAUGUCGAUUAUUUCUCCAUCAACCCCGACUCUGGCUGGAUCAGUCUACGAAAAGCGCUUGAUAGGGACCAGUAUCAACUGCGUGCCAUAGCUCUGGACAAGGGAGUCCCUCAGCACCAGGCGACAGUGGAAGUAGUGAUAGAUGUGGUGGACCGAGCCAACAACCCACCAAUCUGGGACCAGCCUGUUUAUGGGCCAAUUUUUAUCAAGGAAAAUCUGGAAGUUGGCAGCCGUGUGAUCUCAAUCAAGGCCAAGUCUGGCAUCCCUGACAACCCUGAGGUGUUCUACACCCUUAUGAAAGGGAGUACGGAGCAGACCAACAAGAAGGACACCUUCUACCUGAACCAGAAGGUGGAGGAUGGAAACACUGUGGCAGAACUGGUAGUGAAUUAUCCCCUGGACUAUGAAAAAAUUCAACAGUACAACCUGACGGUGCGUGUGGAGAACAAUGGUGUGCAGCAGUUGGCUUCUGAAGCCACAGUGUACAUAGUGUUGGAAGAUGUCAACGAUGAAAUCCCUCUAUACAUUGAACGGGAACAAGAAACUGUACUUGAAGGGCUGCCACCAAAGACGAAAGUUACGCAAGUCCAGGCCGUCGACAAGGAUGGAACAUAUCCAAACAACAAGGUGUACUACGCGAUUGAGUCGAGGGACAACGGGGACAAGUACUUCUCCAUUGACCGCGAAACUGGCGACAUCUACACCAAAGUAGAGUUCGACAGAGAAGAGAAGAUGGCAUAUGCCAUCCUAGUCCGUGCGGAGGACGGGGCACCAUCAGCCAGGCCACAUAUGACUGACAACAGGCCAAAUUCAGUGACCAAAUAUAUCCGCAUUGGCAUCGGGGACAAGAACGACAACCCACCAUAUUUCGGCCAGGCCCGGUACGAGGCCGAGGUCAACGAAGACGAAGACAUUCAGCACACAGUGAUUACAGUCACCGCCAAAGACAGGGACGAAUCUUCGAGGAUACGUUAUGAAAUCACAGAAGGAAACAUAGGUGGAGCCUUUGCUGUGAAAAAUGAAACAGGGGCCAUAUUUGUUGCAGGACCACUGGAUUAUGAGACUAGAAAAGAGUUUAACCUGACUCUGGUUGCGUCGGACACGCUGUAUGAAGGCAGCACGACGGUGCUCAUUCACGUGAAGGACGUCAACGAUCUCCCUCCCGUGUUUAACCAAUCCUCGUACGAGGCCACCAUCUUGGAGGAGGUCUCCCACAAUUUGCCCAUGCGAAUCAUGACGGUGACAGCAACGGAUGGCGACAAGGACCGAGAGUCUCUGAUUGUGUACUUCUUAACUGGGCAAGGUGUGGAUGACCAAGACCCAGGGAAUAGCAAGUUUUCCAUCAAUACGACUACGGGCGAGAUAUAUGUUCUGAAGCCGCUCGACCGGGAUCUGCCGCAUGGGCGCUCACAGUGGCGCUUUACAGUCUUUGCUGAAGACGAGGGUGGCAAUGGCCUGGUAGGCUUUGCAGACGUUCUGGUCAACCUUAGGGACGUCAACGACAACGCGCCAUUUUUUCCAUCUGCCAUCUACACAGGAAACGUCACUGAGAAUGGCACUUCAGGCAUGACCGUGAUGACUAUGACUGCGACUGACUAUGACGACCCCAAUGAAGGCAAAAAUGCUCGCCUAACGUACUCCAUUGAACAGAACCAGGUGAACGAAAAUGGAGAGCUCAUAUUCACCAUCGAUGAGGAGACUGGCGUUAUUUCGACAGCAGUUUGCUGUCUUGACCGGGAGACCAACCCAGAAUAUACCAUCAAGGUGGUGGCAAUGGAUGGAGGAGGCCUCAAGGGUACGGGCACAGCUACAAUUAAGAUCAAGGACAUCAAUGACAUGCCACCUGAGUUCACCAAGAAGGACUGGUAUGUGGAAGUGGACGAGACAGAGGCAGAGAACAUCCCAGAGACACCCAUCCUGGUGGUGUCCGUCAAUGACGGCGACCUCCUGGAGACCAACCGGUUCAGCUACAAAGUGGUUGACCGCACUUUUGGCUCUGACAAGUUCACAAUGGUUACAAACUCUGAUGGAACAGGGUCACUGAAGAUUGCAAAGGCGUUAGACUUUGAAGACGAAAAACAGAGGUAUGGGUUCAACAUUACGAUUCAAGUGAGCGACAAUGGUGGGGAGUCGACAGAUCCCUACCAUGCUGAUUAUGCCAAGGUGAAAGUUCGAAUCAAGGAUAUCAAUGACAACAAACCUGAGUUUGAGAGGCCAAACAUCGAGGUAUCAGUACCUGAAAACUCCACAGUUGGGUCCAGUCUGGCUACGUUCAAAGCCACAGAUGCAGACCAAGGGGGAAAGUCGAGGGUCAGUUACAUGAUUGAUCGCUCAUCCGACAAGAAGCGCCAGUUUAAAAUCAACCCUAACGGUGUUGUCGAGAUCCAGCGUACCUUGGACAGGGAGGACAUUCCCCGACACCAGGUCAAGAUCCUGGCCAUCGAUGAUGGUGUGCCCUCACGCACAGCCACAGCCACGUUGACGGUGGUGGUGAGCGACAUCAAUGACAACCCUCCACGUUUCCAGUAUGACUACCGCCCCGUGAUUCCCGAGCACACGCCGCCGCAGAUAGUGCAAGAGGUCCUAGCUACGGACGACGACGAUCGAUCCAAGAACAACGGGCCCCCCUUCACCUUUCGCAUGGACCCCACUGCCCCCGAUGCAAUCCAACAGUUUUUCAGUGUAGAGCAUGACCCCACUGGUGCCAAUGGAGAUGGAAUGGCAGUGGUGCGUUCCUUAGAGACGUUUGACCGUGAAACUCAAAAGGAGUAUCUAGUGCCAAUUUUGAUAAAAGACAAUGGAAAUCCAUCCCUGACUGGGACAUCAACGCUCACCGUGAUCAUUGGGGACGUCAAUGACAACCGCAUGCAUCCUGGGAGCAAAGGCAUCUUUGUUUACAAUUUCAAAGGAGAAUCACCGCCAACGAAAAUCGGCAGGGUACAUGUGGAGGACCUUGAUGACUGGGACCUUCCAGACAAAACAUUUUUGUGGGAGAACAACAAUCAGCACCCUAACUUUGAACUGGACGAAUACACUGGCAUGAUCACCAUGUUGAACUCAACUGGCCCAGGAACUUAUUUCCUACGUUUCUUUGUCUACGACCGCAUGCACACCAUGGAUGUCCAUUCUAACGUCACUGUCACUGUCAAGGAAAUACCUGAGGAAGCCAUCUAUAACUCUGGGUCAAUCCGUGUGGCAGGCAUCACUGAUGAAGAUUUUAUCCGUGUCUGGGACUGGAAAAAACAACGCCAAGUGAAGAGCAAAUAUGAGAUCUUCCGUGACUUGAUUGCUGAGCGUAUCAAGACGAAGCCUUAUAAUGUAGACAUCUUCAGCAUCAUACUAAAGCAGGCAAGGCCUCCCAUCACAGACAUCCGCUUCUCAGCCCACGGUUCUCCUUACUACAAGGCCAGCCUGCUCAACGGCGUUGUUGCUGUAAACCGACGGGAGAUUGAAGAGAAAGUGGGUAUCAACAUCACAAUGGUUGGCAUCGAUGAGUGCCUCUUCGAGAACCUCAACUGUGAAGGGAGUUGCACCAAUGUGCUCAUGAUUGACCGGAACCCAGUGAUGGUAAACGCCAAUCGCACUGCGUUUGUCGGUGUGAAUACCUGGGUAAAGGCGAAGUGUACGUGUGGAGCGCGAGACUUCACUGAGAUUGAGUCUUGCCGUAAGCGUCCCCCUCCAUGCUACAACAAUGGGCGCUGCUUUGACACCUACACUGGCGUCAGUUGCCGCUGUCCUAGCGGUUUCCACGGCCCUCAGUGUCAGCAGACAACGCGCCACUUCAACGGAAAGGGUUGGGCGUGGUUUCCUCCACUUCAGCAGUGCGAGGAGUCUCACCUCAGCCUUGAGUUCAUGACGGAACGUCCUAAUGGGCUCUUGCUGUACAAUGGACCCAUAUCUAGCCCGGACCCAGGAGAGAUUGUCGUCCAGGACUUUAUUUCUCUAGAGCUGAACAAUGGGCGUCCUCGCCUGCUUCUCGACUUUGGAUCUGGAACAGCUGAGCUCUACGUAGAUGUUGAGGAGACCCUUCAUGACGGUACUUGGCAUCGGUUGGAUAUUUUUUGGGAUAGGCAGUCAACUAGGCUUAUGGUGGACAACUGUAUGUCUGCACGCAACCACGAAGGAAACCAGACAAUUAAUCGCUCCCGGUGUGAGAACACUACGCAGAUUCCAGAGUUUAAUGAGUUCCUCAACGUCAACACACCCUUGCAACUUGGUGGUACCCACGUGGGUAAGGACCUCAUCGCCUACAACUGGCGCUACCGUCAUACGUCAGAGGGCUUCCACGGUUGCAUCAAGAACGUUAUUCAUAACAGUGAUAUGUACGACCUGGGCUCACCAGGAAGCUCAUUUAACAGUGUCCCUGGCUGUCCUCCUGCCGAGAGCUCUUGCAGUGACAAUUCCCUUCAUCAGUCAUGUGGCCACGGGUACUGCCUGGGUACUUACAAGACAGCGGAGUGCAUCUGUGACCCUGGUUGGCAUGGGCCAAACUGUGAUAGAGAGACACAGUCAAAGAUGUUCCAGCAGAGUAGCUACAUAAAAUAUGCACUCCCGUUUGACCCUCACCCUUACAAGACUGACAUUCAGCUUCAGUUCCGCACGCGUCAGAAGCACGGAGAGCUGUUUCGCAUCACCAGCAAACAUGGCCGUGAAUAUUGCAUCCUCGAGAUUCGAGACAGAAAGCUGCGCUUCCGCUUCAACCUGGACAGGACACGUGCGUCAGAAGAACGUGAACUGUGGCUUCCUCAUGUGUCAGUGAAUGACGGUCAAUGGCACACUAUCCAUGCUCUGCGUUUUGGUGCCUCGGCCAGCUUAUCACUGGAUGGUGGUUCUGGUCGUCGCUUUGCUGAGCUGCUUGAUUUUCUGAGUCCCCAUCAGCACAUGUGGGUGGAAAAACAAAAUGUUGUCGCCGGAGGGGACGUUCAGUAUGUCGGCCCCGGUGUCACCGUUGUGGAUAAUGAUUAUCAGGAAGGUUGCAUGAAUGACAUCCGUUUGGACCAACACUACCUUCCCAUGGAGAGUGGGUCUGAAUAUGCAGCAGUAGUGGAGUGGCGCAACCUGAUAGAUGGCUGUCCGUCCAAUAACCCUUGUCACGGUAUCAGCUGCCCACGACCCUUCGUCUGCGUGGACCUGUGGAUGCUCCACGAGUGCAGGUGUAUGGAAGGUUUUACGAUGACUGAAGACAGGCUCAGUUGUGAAGACGAGGACGAGUGCUUAGCUGAGCCCUGCGGCUACGAGGGACAAUGCGAGAACCUGCCUGACGGACUGGGUCACACAUGUGCAUGUGGGAACGCUUUUGUGUGCCACAAUUGCACAUGCUUUGACGUGGGCGCCGGAGUUCGCAUGACUAAUACAUCCUUGGCCCUUGGAGUUGAGGCCCUACUCAUCAUCCUAGCCUGCCUCGUGGUGUAUCUGAUUCUGGUACUGGUGAUAGUGGCAUACACACGGAGCCGGCGACCAGACCAGAAGUUUGGUCACAGUGGAGUGGACGAUGAUGUCAGGGAGAAUAUUAUCAGCUACGAUGAUGAAGGUGGAGGUGAAGAUGACAUGAAUGCUUAUGAUAUCACGCCACUUCGAAUCCCUGUCGAUGCGACAGGCACCCCGCUGGGUGCGAAACCCGGCCCAGAACAAGCGCCACCGCUCAAGGAAGUGCGGCUUAGAGAACCACCACCAGGUGGAGCCCAGCCUGAUGUAGGAGAUUUCAUUCGAGACCAUCUGGACAAGGCGGACCAGGAUCCGAGCGCGCCACCUUUGGAUGACCUGCGCAAUUAUGCCUAUGAGGGUGGAGGCUCCACGGCCGGGUCGCUCAGCUCUUUGGCCUCCGAGACGGACGAUAACGAACAGCGCUUCGACUAUCUCAAUGGAUGGGGCCCACGCUUCCAGAAGCUGGCCGACAUGUACGGACAGGGCGAGAGCGAAGAGGACUAAAUGUACUAAUGCUUCGCUUCCUUUUGUUGUGUCCAUCACCUGCUCUGAUGCUUUGUUCCUUCUCACUUUGGUGCCCAGUUUUCCCUCUCUCCGAGUGCUAACUCCUUGGUUGGACUUUGGAUUGGUUGUGCCAUACCUAGUGCAGAUUUUUUUAUCUAGCUUUUUUUCAAGCUUUUAAAUGUUGUAAAUGAAAAACACAUGUUGGGACCUAUUGCUACUGAGACUAUGGAUGAGCGCUCAAAAGCAUUCAAAUGUUUGACAACAUGUACCUGGACAGUUAAUGGCGCCCUUUGCUAUAAGUGUCAGGUAGUGUCGUGAAAGGGAAACAGGAAGACACUGGAAGAUAUGUGUUCUACUAAUUAAUGACACACAUUUUUUUUUUUUAGUGAAUGCUAGUUAUGACUUCAUUAUUCAGUCCUUUGUUAGGAACGUCUUUGUUUUAGGAAUACAAGUAGCUUCUUUUGAUCUACCCUAAUAUUGCACACAGUGCAGUGGAACUAUGCUCGAAGCAUCUAGUGAUGUCUGAAAUAAUUAUUUUAUUGAGGUUUCAUCAACAAGCCUCACAAUCAUCAUAUUGAACAGUGAGAUAACACUUGCCAUGACUUUUAGUUUGUUCAAGCUGCAAACAGUGCCAUGAAACUUCUUACAUCACUUCAAGACUCUGGCUUAGUUUCUCUUCUUGCACUAAGCUCUCAAGAAUUUCAUUCUACAUAAUUGCCUUUUCUUUAUUUUGAGAUCUCAUCAUCAUAGUUUGUGGCUAAGAUGCCUGUUGUUGUGGGUAUAACCGGAGAGAGGGGAAAAACCUAGUGUUAAAGCAGGUCUGUAGCACAUUUAAAGUCUUCCAUUUUAAGUGAUUCAAGUAGGAGCUUUUUUUAAUUAACUUGGUUUUUAAUUGUCACAAAAAUUCAACCACUAAACCGGAGUAUUAGCAGAACUCUGAGCUCUGCUCAUGCUUCGUUUUACACUGCAGUUUUUAGCUGUUUACAUCUCUCAUUUGCUCAAACUUCCUUUCCAUUUUUUUUAACGCUGCGUAAAAAAAAAGAAAAAGAAAGAGAAAGUGAUGCGUUGUGCUUCACUCACAUGUCAAAAAUGAAAAUAUGCUGCUCAUGUUUAAGCUACAUGGCAGCAGGUCUCGUGGCGCUCUCGACUCCCUCGACGUUCUGUCGGAAAGCAAACUUAGGUCUUUGCUCCACGCAACACUAAUAACUACUGCGGGUAUGUGUCAGGUUCCUUUCUUUGAUGGAGUAUGCUCUUUUUGAUAUACUACUGAUUGAAGUUCUUGCAUGCAAGAACCUCGAUGCAUUCCAAUAACGAGCUCCACAGGAGGCUGGCAGCAGGAUUGCCACCUCCCGUGCAAUCCUCCACUCCCCCCAUAAGUAAAGGUGUGCAUAGCAAUUUGUGCAAGAUCAAGAUCAAUCAAAUGUUGCGCCUUAUACCACUUUCCUUCUGGUUUCCAUGCCGGUGACUCGGGACUGCAUUUUUUACCAUUUUAUGGGCACCGAUGAGAGACAUUGUGGUGGUCAGAGGGGCACGACAUUCCACCCUUCAUGUAGUGUCAUCGGGAAAACAUUUCUGCAUCAAAAUUACUUACAAGAGUGUUCCUUUGUACAUGGGUCAGAGAGGCUGAGUUAUUUAUUAUGUCCAGUUAUACAUACAUAUACCUAGAGGAGAAGUGUGCAGUGUACUUGAUGUGUGGAGAGCGACUUUUUUUACACAGUAUAUACAUGCGUACAUACACCCAAGCACUUGCAUGUCCACAUGUGUGAAUGACUUAGAAGAUGAUGUACUUUUUGUACUUGAUUUCAUUUUUGUAAAGUAUUAAGCGAGGUACAUUUUUGUAAGGUAUCAAGAGUGACAGCUCCCCUAGCCAUGCCUCCACAUGUGCCAGUUUCCUUUUUCAGUAGCCAAAUUUGAUACUCAUCCGAUCAUUCUUAACACAUGGAACAGUUUGUGACGAUUGUGCAGCUGAGUUUGUUAUUUAGAGUGGUUGUUGCUUUUCAGUCUUCAUUUUGGUUGUGUUAUAUAAGAUAUUUCAUUUGAGUAAUUUUCUUCUCAGAGGCAGUUUCUACAUUCACAGUCCACGUGAAUAGGUCACACACUUCCAUAAUUAGAACAACUUCUAUAAACAAUUGCUCUAACUACAGAACAACGCUAGGUUCUGAGUUGGAUUCAGUCACACAUAUACAUAUGGCAACUUUGUACUCAAAGGCUGCUGUACUGCCAUUUUGUACUUUUUUCUACUUUUAUGUUUUUAUGACACGAUAAAUAGGGAUGGUUGCGUGAGUAGUUUUGAGUUCCUUUUUUUUUCCCAUCAUGUUCAAUAGAAGAAAAUGUAUCACAUUGUCUGUGCUUAACAUGAGUGUCUACAAACCUUGUGAUGGUUUUCUUAAAAAGUGUUUGUGCAUGUGCCGUUAACCAUGCCACACAUGCUAGUCACACUGCUGAAUGAAACUUUUGUUUUAAUUGAUCAUUGUUCUUCAAUUACUCGUGAUAGUAACUAAGAAAACAAAAGCAUGAUGUAAAAGAUCAGUGUGGUAAUUCCUGAUAAGUGUGCCUGUGCGUGCAUGUGGUUAAAUGGUUUUUGUACAUUUUUUGCGUUUGGAAGCAGCCUGCAACACAUCUACAUGUGAGUGUACUUGAGCAAGGUCUGGCUUUCACUGUGACAGCGAGAGACUUUAGGACGCUCACUGUUUUCAGUCCCAUGAGACAGUGGUGACAUGUGUGGUCUCCUCAACAAACUCAUCCGCAUUAGUCUAUAGGGAAUACACAUCUUUGUUAUAUACACGCAUUGUAUUGUAGGAAGAAAAAAAAAGAUGCAGCGUAUAGGAAAGUUGAUGUGACUUUUGAGUUUUAAAGUGUUCAUUGUGUAUUGCGCAUUGUACAUUUUAAAGAAAUACUUUGUAGUUCACUAUCAAAAUAUCAUUUGAGCCGUUUAUUUGCACCUGUACAUUGAGGUGAGUGUAGCACGAAGAGGAUAUUUGUUAAUUACCAAGAGUCUUGGCAAAUGCGCAAGUGACUGUGUGUAUGUUGCCUUACUUUUCCAUCUCGGAAGAUUUAGGGCUGGUGCUUGUUCGAGGAGUGUGCUCCCCUUCUAUUGAGUUGACAAAUCGUUUGGCAUUUGAGAAAAUUGUGAAAUAAGUUUGUUCAUGAAGUGCCUAGUGGUGUAAAGAAAAAAAAGAACCAUUCCCCACUCCGUGCUUGCCGAGAUUCUGCCUCUGCCGUGUACACGAUCCCGCCCCAUUCACCAUUGUUGUAGGUUGUAGGACCACCGUGAUGCGGUUGGUUCGUACAGCUACCACGGUUUUUGUCUUGCAUGAUUUUCUGUUUUGCAGCGUGUCGACACAUUGACAACAGUACCGGCCUCGCUUCAUGUCCGUAGAUGUUAGACCCUGAUUUUUCAGUGAAUAAAUCCACCUAUGUUAUACAUCA